UUCAACAUGAGCUUCCUGUUAUCCAAGCUGAGUAGCAAAAAAGAAGUAGACCAGGCAAUAAAAAGUACUGCAGAGAAGGUGCUGGUUCUCAGGUUUGGGAGAGAUGAGGAUCCUAUCUGUCUACAGCUAGAUGAUAUUCUUUCUAAGAUCUCUUCUGACUUAAGCAAAAGGGCUGCUAUAUAUCUGGUAGAUGUGGAUCAAACCCCAGUUUAUACACACUAUUUUGACAUCAGUUAUAUUCCAUCCACUGUGUUUUUCUUCAAUGGGCAGCAUAUGAAAGUGGAUUAUGGGUCUCCAGAUUACACUAAGUUUGUGGGAAGUUUCAAAACCAAACAAGACUUCAUAGAUUUGAUUGAAGUAAUUUAUCAAGGUACAAUGAGGGGAAAACUUACUGACCAAAGUCCUAUUGAUCCCAAGAAUAUUCCCAAAUAUGACCUCCUCUAUCAAGACAUUUAG